UCUCAUUCGGCAAUGGUGCAUGGUUGGUGUUUGUUUAGUUUUAUAUUUCUAUUUCCCGAAAUGUAUAAUUCUGUAUUGCUGUGUAAUUCUCACCUUUCUUGUGAUUAACAAUUUUAGAUAUUACAUGGCAGUGUAAGAAAUUUGUAAGUUCUACGCACCGAGUGACCGAGUUAGACAUUAUCGAUCGAGUGUUUGCUAAAAUAACCGGCGAUUAUCAUCAAAUAAUCAUUCAGACUGCUGCUUGAAAUCCUUGAAUUGGUGUUGCACAAUGUGGUAUCGACCGGAGGGAAGACUGGCUACUUGCUGAAGGCUAUUAAAUAGGCGUUCUUCAAUCGAACGCAGUCCUAUCGUAUUUUUUCUAAGCUAGAAAAACUCCGAGGACAAUCAUGUUGGGGUGGCACAAACAUAGAUGGAUCGCCUUAUGCCUACUUUUUUUGGCACUGGGAUCACAUCUACUAUUCCUGUAUGGAUUUUUCCCGCUAAAAUACCACUCAGGAAAGCUGGCCCAUAUGGAUGAUUUGCCCAACUUCAUUCAUGAAGUCAGUAUUGACGGUCAAGAAGUUUACAACCCCGGUGAGCAUACUGUGGUGCUGAUGGUGAUAGACAGCCUCCGUUAUGACUUCGUUACAGAGGAAUACAUGCCAUAUACUGCACAACUGUUGAAGAACAAGUCUGCUUGCAUUUAUGUGUCUAUCGCUGAACCACCUACGGUCACUAUGCCACGGAUUAAGGCCAUGAUGACAGGCAGCGUUUCAACGUUCGCUGACGUGGCUCUCAACUUCGGAGCGCCCGCGGUCCGUGGGGACAGCGUGUUGCGAGUCGCUGCCUCUAGGGGCCGCCGCUCCAUCAUGUACGGCGAUGACACGUGGUUGAGGCUGUUCCCUGGUCUGUGGUCGGAGUCUGACGGGACCACUUCGUUCUACGUCACGGAUUAUACUGAAGUGGACAACAACGUCACCAGGCACUUAGACAAGGUUCUCACCCCAGACGAGAAGAACAAGCCAACGUUCGACUUCCUGGUCCUCCACUACCUAGGUCUAGACCACAUUGGCCACCUGCAAGGCGCCCGUAGCCCGCAGAUAAAGCCCAAACUGCUGGAAAUGGAUGAGGUGGUGAAGAAAAUUUUUACUGCUAUGGAGAAAUGGGAUCGCCACGGAGUCUUGUUCAUAUGCGGUGACCAUGGUAUGCGAGAUGCAGGCGGCCACGGCGGCGCCUCGCCCGCUGAAGUUCUAGUGCCGCUGGUUGUAGCCAAGAGCGCCGACUUCCAGUGCCCGCACGCGCUGGGCCCAGGUCCCACAGUAGCUCAAGUGGACCUGGCGCCCACCAUCGCUUGGCUUCUCAACGCGCCGGUGCCGGGCGACAGCGCAGGCCGAGUUUUGCCAGCACUUUUACCGCGGGACACCCGUCAACAUUUGUACCUACUUCAUACGGUGGCCGCUCAUAACGCUAAGCAACCUGACUUGCCUAAGGAUACAGAAUUCUACAGGCAAUUCCAGCGCGCCGAGAAACAGUUCGCUCAAUUCUUGGCCACCGGCCAGCAAAGCGCUGCCAAGAUCGCCAAGGAGUUCUACGACGAGUCCUUGGCAGAGAUGGCCAAGCACCUCACUGAGACCACCGUGGAGUUCGACUUGUUCGCACUAGGUGUAGCCUGCUUACUUCUGUAUGUGAUCUCGGCGACUCUUCUCGGCGUGUCCCUCUACUCUCUGCAGCCAGCUGAGCCCAAGAUCAGCGGUAUCUACUGCUACAAGCCUUCCAAAAUCGGCGUGGCCCUCGCAUUCUUGGUCCUGGCAGCAAUGAGCCUAUUCAUGCUCACCGCGUCUUGCUUCAUCUCAGAGACCAAGAGCCGGAUAUGUUCCUUCGAGCCCUGGUGGACCGUCGCCUUCGUCCUCAUAGGCCUGGUCUUCGCACUAGUAUACGUCAUCGCCAAAUCCACUAUAGAAUACACUACCGAUGCGUCAGUACUGAAAGAACUCAAUGUCAUAGACUACCUUCUGAUCGGCGGAUCCAUGUUCGUCGCUUGGUCGUUCCUUGGAACCAGUUUUAUUGAAGAGGAGCAUAUGACGUGGUACUAUCUUUGGAAUACGCUAAUGCUGUUUAUGCUGGUCAGAUCUAUCACGGGCCUGUUGAUGUAUGUUGGACAAGUGUGGACGGGCGCUUCCGCAGUGCGGGAUAAGCCUGAGUUGCUGAAGAAGAUGAUCGGCACUGUCCAUAUGCUGCCUAAGUGGAUUAUGCUGCUUGCGCUGCAUAGAUAUCUUAGAACGUUGAACCAAACCGGCGACCGCUGGUUGUUCCUACCCGACACCGCUGAUUGGCUGAAUGAACCUGAAAAUUGGCGUUUACUGCAGGCACAAAUGCUCAUAGGUACCCUGGCAACAUUAGUACUAUGCAUCAGGAACCUUAAAUACACGAACAAUAUCUGCUACAUCCAUGCUGUGCUCUCCGUAUUAUCGACGCUAUGCAUCCUCGCCUACCGGGUCACCACGCAGUCUCUAUACUGCCCCUUCUCAGACGUCGAGACGUGGGACCCUGUUAUAAUCGUAAACGUGUUUUGGGGGUUAAUCACAGCACAAUUCGUCUUCGAAAUCCUGACCUACGUGGGUAUAUUCAGGAACUGCGGCAAAAAAAUCAAGAGCAACAACACGUUCGAAUACAACAAACCUAAAGCGAAGACGGAAGACUAUAUCUACCAACCGUUGAUCGAAGAGCCGUGGAAUCUGAGCGAAGUGAAACUCAACCUGGUCCGUUCUGUGUCCCAUUUGAUGUUGAACAACAUGAUGUUGGUGAUAGCUUUGCUGAUGAGGCCCCACAAUGUGAUCCUGAUCCCUAGCAUUCACAUAACGUGUGAGCUGACGGCGAAGUACUUGGACCACAAGUUACUGGAUGCUAAAAGUUGCAGGCAUAUGGAGGCGGUCGAUGUCAUCACUCAAACGUUCGUGCAUCUGUGGAUCGGCAGCGUUUUCUUCUUCUAUCAGGGCAACUCCAACAGCCUAGCGUCCGUAGACCUAGGGGCGGGCUACGUAGGGCUCCGGGAAUACUGCCCAGUGCGCGUGGCGGCACGCAUGGGACUCCACGCCUACGCCGGGCCCGCGCUCGCCGGCUGCAUGCUGUUCUGCCAAAUACCGGUCGUUGCUGAAACUUGGGAGCAGUACCUCCAGACAGUGUGGCGCGUCUCAAACAUAUUCGCAUUCCACCGCGUCUACUCCAUAUCCGUAUACAGCGUCAUCGCGAUCCUCUUCAAGCACCACCUAUUCGUCUGGUCAGUGUUCUCCCCCAAACUGCUUUACGAUUUGGCAGCUACAGUUUUCACGCUACAAGCACUGAGCACCAUAGCAUUCAUCGUACUCCUAGCCCACUUCACUAGUGGGCUGGCCCGAAUCGUGACGCUGAAGUCAAGACUGUGAUACGAGUAUUAAUGAGGGUAAUUAGAUAAUUGAAACGGGUAACGCUUCGGCCAAACCAACGCGUGUAGAUCGCGUCGGCUAAAUGGCGAUUACUGCGCGUGCAUAGAUCGACGCGUUAGUGUGAACUUUUCACUACAAAUUCAUACAAGAUACCUAAUCGCCAUCGCGCAGGCUGCACGCGUUGGUUUGGCCAAGCCUUGAGGCGAAGACUGUUUUAUUUUUAAGGAUAAGGCGGCGUGAUUUUGAAGCAAUCGAAUUUAUCUUGAACUGGGUUGUUAUUAUUUGUUGACUGAUAAUCGCCAAUGAAUUGAAUUACAUAUUUCCAAAUACAUUCCUGUGAAUUUUGUAUGACAGUAUGAACCUUCGGCAGCUCUUGUUUGCUUACUAUUUAUUUUUUUCAAUGCAAUCAAAAAUCCUUUUUACAUCACUUGGAAAAUUGGGUUUGCAACGCUGGAAUGAAAUGUGCUUUUAGAGAAGUUGUGACUGGGAAUGGUGUCAAGUCAUUUUGUCCAUGAUAUUCAUAUUAUAAUGUGUACUAUACAAAUACUUAAGACGAGCAGAGAAAUAUCGUUUUUAAGAAUUGCAUGCUACUAUUGCUUCAAAAUUGAGUCUCAAGGUUUGGAGUUUGGACAUUGCAUUCGAUUAGUACCAAAGCAAAUGUUGUAUGAUUUCCUUAUAAAUAGAUAUUUGUCACAUUAUUAUUAUUAGUUCGAACGAACGAACAAAGAUAUUUGCCAGAUUAUUAUUAGUUUAGAUGAGUAGGAAUGUCUUUUAUGUGUAUCAAUGUGUAGAACACUUACAAGUACGAUCUCUAGCGCGAUUGCGCACUGAACCACGUAUACAAUUUUAUUCAUAAAUGUAAUAUUGAUAAAUAAACACCAUUGAGUAGAAAGACAAACAUAUUUUAAAAAGAUAUUACUGUAUUCUUAUUUCUGAGAGCAUGACGGAUUGACAUAUCUAUGUACUUGUAUCAUGUGUACCUUUAUGGGAUUCUAUGUUGUUGUUGAUGUUUAAAUUAUUGUAACUAGCCAUUAAAAGCAUGUAGAAAACAGUUAACACACUUCAAUAGAAUAGAUACAAUAAAUAUUUGAUGUCCAUGUCUCCAAGUAUUUGCCCUCGCGGAAUUCGAAUCCGCUACCACCAGGCAGGGCAGCAGACAACACCUAUUCAUAAUUAAAAAAAACUAUUAAAUAAGUAUAAUUAUUCAAUUUAUCUAAAAUCUAAAUGUUAAUAAUGUAAGACUAUUUAAACUUGUGAAGAGCUCUCGCCUCCCUUCAUGUAAUGUAGAAAAGAGGCAUAUUUUUUAAGUACUUACCUAAGGCAAGUGUUUUUCUAGAUGACGGGUUUUACGCUCGGUUUGUCUUACUUAUGAUGGCCAAUACAUUCCGUGUCAAAUGUGCACAAAGUGCGACAAAACGCGUCAUCUGACUAUUUUAAAGUGGAGUUUUCUUUGAAGCGAAGAUGGGUGGAGUUUUAAUGUAUUUAACACACCAAAGGAAAACAAUAAGGGAAAGAGUGAUUUUAUCCACCCAACUCCGAAACAGCAGAAAUGCUACCUAAAUUAAAUGAAACAAUGUUUGCAACAAAUGAUUAUGUGUUUACUGGAACCACCAUAUUUUUUAUUUCUUUUUUUUUACAUUUUUACUGUAAUAUUACAUUAUGAUCCUAUACCAAUGUCAUAUUUUAUCGUCUAAAUAAAAAGUAUUGACGUUCAAUUUGCAUUUACUUCAGCCCUCACAAGCGUAACAAUAAAAAAAAAACUGAUAAGAAUAGUUACGUCCAUCUGUUUUGAUGACAAAUAACAAUUGCUUUAGGUAAUAAAUACAAAAAACUCAACAUAAAUAAAUAACCAACAAAAUGAGACGUGAUUUUUAUAGACACUAGAUUACAAGCCAAUAUGUAGAAGAAAAUACACGGAAAUACAAUAAAAUAAAAGGACUAAUACAAUAGUUAAGCGGAAACAUAAGCUUGAUAGUGUAUCAACAUACAUUUUUUUACGUUGACGUCAAUCAGUCCUGAUAUUUGGAAUGCGUUGGACUAUUACAAUGGACCAGCAUUUCCAUAUACAUUUUAUUUGAUUAACCAUUACCAGCAUGGCUUGAUAGUUUUUAGAAUAUUAUAAGCUCAAAUCUAGCUAAGCUCACUAUAUCUCACUGAAUACAACGCGACAAUCAUUAAAGAAACAGAAUGAUGCUUCCAAUGGUUCUAACAUCAAUGAGCAGUCGCACGAGUCUAUUUUGUCUCGGAUAUUCCAAAGUGAAAAGCAAAAGAUUGUCGCGCUCAUUGCGAACUUCAACUACAAGAGAACUACAGUGGAAACAGUUUUUCGUAGACGGAUAAAAGGGCCCAAGCACACCACGGUUUUUUCAGGCGCCAUCAAGGCACAUGCAAUUGCUGAAAAAACAUGGUGUGCAUGCCCUCUAAAAGUCGAAUUGCGAUAAAGACGAAACAAGACAGGUGCUGUCAAUAUUAGGAAUAAUUGCCCGCGAGUCACAGUGACUUGUAACUUUACAAUAAUUUUUAUUAGCAAAGUAAUGACUUCACAACAAGAUAUGAAUCGUCAAUUAAUAAUGUCAAUCGUUUCGUCUACUUAUACGUUAUUCGUACGAUUAUUUUCUAAGAGUUUAAUAAAAAGCACCAACAGAAAAGGUUAUAAAUACUUACAUGACUUAGGUUUUUUAGUAUAGAGUUAAAAACUUUGAAGCCUGGAAUGCGUUGCGUUAGCUGCGGUACUUACACUUAAAAA